CGAUGUUUUUACAACCACUAGCACCACUCGACACAGCUUGGCGUUGAAGAUUAAAAACAUCACUACCUAACAAUAAUUGACCAGUGCCUGUAAAAUAACAAUUAAUAUCUAAUUAUACAACCCUCCGCGGCCUACAGAUCACUACCAAACAACACCAUGAGGCUUUGUGCGUGCAAUAAAUAAAACAACAGCCAGGUCAAUUUGAUUACACAUUCACAACUAAAUUUCCCUUUUUACAAUGACUGAACAAGAGUACAGAUAUGCUGCCGAUCAAUUAUUGCAAUCUAAUUCACACGAGUCAAACAGUCAAAAUGUCCAAUCCCCAACUGAGAUCUCACAUUCUCAUAGUAUUAACACACUGGCCUCCAUAAGACCAGAGUAUAUCCUAUCUUCUGGCGAUUAUUUCGCGGGCGUGCGGCCCAAUGGGAGAAUGUCAAAUGUCCGUAGAUUUUUCUGCCUUUUCGUUACGUUCGAUUUAACGUUCAUUAGUCUCAUGUGGCUUAUUAUCAUAAUGAUCAAUGGGGAGAAUAUUGUCGAUGCACUCACAAAUCAAGUGGUGCACUAUGACAUCCACAAGUCAUUGUUCGACAUUGUUCUAUUAGCUGGUUGUAGAUUCAUUCUUUUGAUACUGUUUUAUGCGAUUUGUUAUAUUCAUCACUGGAUUAUAAUUGCGUUGACCACAACAUGUACUUGCGUAUUUCUUAUUUCUAAGGUUUUUGUCUAUGAUUGGCAUGCGACUGAGCAGCAAGUCUUUCAAGUGCUUCUGGUGCUGACAUCGUUUGUCUUGUCAUGGGGCGAAACGUGGUUUUUGGACUAUAGGGUACUGCCGCAAGAGUUGCAGGCAAGUCAAAUUGUUAUACAGUCGCCAGAAUCUGAACGGGCCCCGCUGAUCAACCGAUUCGUGAGGGGCCUGCCCUCUAUGUACACAGAGAGCAUCGGCAACUUUUAUUCACCGCUUCAGUCCGCAACAAAUUCGAUGUAUCACUUCGAUGUCGGCCCAUCCGACCGUUUUCCAGCCGUGAACUUCACCGCCGCUGAAAUUUCUAAUUAUGUCUCUCAAGGGGAGACAGCCAUGCGGGAGUCGCAGGAAUUCCUGAACAGCCCCAAUUGGAAGAAAUCCAAAGCGGAGGGUGAUGAUAUCGUCGAAUGGUUGCAACCUGCGCCAAAAGCUAGGAAGAUAUUCAAGUUAACCAGCGUCGUAAACAUACCACCGAAAUAUUUAUUCGAAGAGUUGUUCUACCGCGUGGAGACGAUGCCAGAGUGGAAUCCAGCGCUCAUGGAAUCGUACCGGGUGCAAGUCAUCGACGAGCACACGGAUAUUAGCUAUCAAAUAUCGGCGAAUGGUGCGCGCGGUGCUGUUUCGUCGCGUGAUUUUAUCAAUCUUAGGCAAUGGAAGCGGUUGGAGGAUGGUUAUGCUAUUGCUAGCGUUUCUACAAGUCAUCCAUCUCUUAACGACAAGAAUGUUAAAUGUAUAAGAGGUGAAAAUGGAGUUGGUUGUUGGAUGAUCAGGGCAAUCCCCACAGAUCCCAACAGCUGCGUGUUCGUGUGGGUGCUCAACACCGAUUUAAAGGGUUGGAUCAACUCGACCAUUUUAGAAGUUGCAUUUGUGAACAUGAUGUUUGAUUAUAUUAAGAAUCUUAGAAAGUAUAUUACCAAGUUGCGUCAAACUGGUCGAAUUCUGUGACUGGGGCUGUGUACUACAACAAAACCAACAAAAAACCAAACACAAAGCCUUAGCACGGACGUACCAACGCAUGAGAUUCAUUGCGGCAACUUUGCGGCGAUUCUACCUAUUAAACUAAGCUCUCAGAUUUUUUAUCGUGAUAUAUUAAUUUUUCUAUUCUUUGUUUAUUCGUGUUUUCUCGUCUGAUUCGAUGAAGUCAUUUAUAUGUUUACAAUAUAUUUAUAUAAAUACGUAUAUAGCAUAUUCUUAAUAUGAUCUAGUGAAAGUAUGUACUUUUUGAACGAUUUUUAAGAACAAUUUUAUAGUUUCUAAGAUGAUUCGAUGCGAACUAACGAAACUGAGUGUGUCAUUCGCGUCCAAUGUACCAACUUAUAACGUCGCCGGUGAUUUAUGAUUAGUAUUGCAUUUGUUUGCUUAUUUUUUAAUAUGAACAGAGAAGUGUUGACAAAUAAAUAAAAAUUACGAAAGAAAUCUUAGAAAUAUAAAAA